AGCUGCCGCCUCCGCCGCCUCUGCCCCCGCCGCCAAAAGUCCACGGGCGUCCGGGGCAGGUGGGCGCCAAGCUAGGGCGCGCCAAGGGUGACUGUCUCUCAUGCAGCUCCGUUGCGGGGAUUGCGGGAGGCGGCACAGCUGGAGCCUCUGCGGGGCCGGCCAGCCCCACGCCCGAGCCUAAGAUGCGGCCGGGCCGUGCCACGCGUGAACUAUGCCAGGCGUGGGGGCAGAAGACGGCGGGCAGCAGCCGGGCGCCGGGGAGCUGCCCACGCUCACUCCGGCUGGGGGACCCCCUCGGGAAGAGCAACGUCCUCUCAAACAGUCUCUGAGCAGCUCACUGUGCCGGGAGUCCCAUUGGAAAUGUCUGGUGCUCACCCUCCUGAUGUUCGGCUGCUUCGGCGUCAUGGCCUGGUGCCGUAUCUCGACGGUGACCCGUCUGAACUACGACAGCUCCUAUCAAGGGGCGUCGCUGGUGUAUCAUGACAGCCCGUGCUCCAACGGAUACAUCUACAUCCCGCUGGCCUUCUUGGGCAUGUUGUACGUGGUGUACCUGGUGGAGUGCUGGCACCGGUUCGCCAAAGGGCAGAUGCAGUAUCGGGUAGACACGGCGAGCGUCUACGACAAAGUCCAGCGCAUGCAACAGGCCACGCCUUGCAUCUGGUGGAAGGCCGUCAGCUACCACUACAUCCGCCGUACGAGGCAAGUCACACGUUAUCGCAACGGGGACGCUUAUACGACCACUCAGGUUUACCACGAGCGGGUCAACACGCACGUCUCGGAGACGGAGUUCGACUACUCGGGCCACGGGGUGAAGGACGUCUCCAAGGAGCUGUUGGGACUCUCGGAUUACCCCGUGACCAAACUCCGGUUUACGAAAUGCUUCAGUUUCGCCUCGGGGGAGGCGGAAGCCGCGUAUCUGACUCAAAGGGCCCGGUUCUUCGGCGAGAACGAGGGCUUGGACGACUACAUGGAGGCCCGCGAAGGGAUGCACCUCAAAAACGUGGACUUUAAGGAACACAUGUUAGUCUUCCCAGAUCCGGGGCGUCCACCCUGGUACACCCGCCGAAGUGUCUUCUGGUUGGCCUCUUUCCUCCUGCUGUCCUGGCCACUGAGAGUCUUGUCCGAAUACCGUACGGCCAAUGUACAUUAUCACGUGGAGAAACUCUUUGGGGCAGACGACGGGCCCAGCCCGCUGGAUGCCGCGGGGACAUACGGGCGGCGAAUCUCGCGCGUCAACACGGUGGACAUGACUGAACUGGAAUGGCACAUCCGUUCCAACCAGCAGCUGGUGCCCAGCUACUCCGAGGCCGUGUUGAUGGACACCACUACGGUGGCGGGCGCAGCGUACCUCCGCAGCUGCCAACGCUGUCGCCGGACUGUCAGCAGCAACUCCCUGCCCUCGCGGGGCACCCGGGCUCUCUACGCCCGCUUGCCGUUCAGCUGCAGCCGCUUCUCGCUGAGCGGCGCCCGGCGUUGCGGGGGGAUUCUCCGGAGCCUGAGUGGGAGCCACGUGGGCAGCAACGUCGACACGGAGCCGUUGGAGAGUCCCCCGUGCUACCAGGAUGCGUUAUACUUUCCCGUGUUGAUUGUACACGGAGGGGAGGGCUGUGAGCGCAAUGGGCACAGGCCGGGGCUGGCAGGGAGGGGGCAAGGGACCCCCCUGUGAACUGGGAGGAGGGGAGGGAUACUGGAAACUUAAGUUCCCUGGGAGAAACGCAGUACAAAACGUCUCUGGCUUGUUUCCCUGAGCCAAAACCGAACCCAUUAACCCAACUGCAAAGGCUUUUUGGCUGACAUUUCAGUCUUCUAAGGAAGUGUGUUUGGGGAAGGAGAGGCCCAUUAAGCCCAGGUUCAGAUAUGGGAUUCUUUUGCUCAACUCUUGGGUAGAGGGAGGAAGGAAUAGAGAGGGAUGGAAGAAAGAAAGGAAGGAAGGAAUAGAGAGGGAAGGAAGGAAUAGAGAGGGAAGGAAAGGAAGGAAGGACUAAAGGGAUGGAAGAAAGAAAGGAGUGAAUAAAGAGGGAAGGAAGGAAUGGAGAGGGAAGGAAAGGAAGGAAGGAAUAGAGGGAUGGAAGAAAGAAAGAAAGAGAAAGAAAGAAAAAGAAAGAAAGAAAGAAAAGAAAGGAGGGAGUAAAGAGGGAAGGAAUAGAGGGAUGGAAGAAAAAGAAAGAAAGAAAGGAGGGAGUAAAGAGGGAAGGAAGGAAUAGAGAGGGAUGGAAAGGAAGUAAUAGAGGGACGGAAGAAAGAAAGGAGGGAGUAAAGAGGGAAGGAUGGAAUAGAGAGGGAAGGAAGGGAGGAAUAGAGGGGUGGAAGAAAGAAAGGGAGUAAAGAGGGCAGGAAAGAAUAGAGAGGGAAGGAAAGGAAGGAAUAGGGGGAUGGAAGAAAGAAAGGAGGGAGUAAAGAAGGCAGGAAAGAAUAGAGAGGGAAGGAAAGGAAGGAAGGAAGGAAUAGAGAGAUGGAAGGAAAUGAAAAAGAAAAGAAAGAAAGAAGAAAGGAAUAGAGAGGGAAGGAAAGAAGGAAUAGAGAGGGAAGGAAAGAAAAAAGCAAGAAAAGAAGGGAAGAAAAGAAAGGAAGGAAUAGAGAGGGAAGAAAGGAAAGAAAAGGAAGGAAGGAAGUCCCAGAUUUUCAGAAAACACGAGUUUUCAAGUCAGUAUUCUAAUACAGAAUUCUUUUGCUGAACUCUUCACUCGAAGAAGGAAGGAAAGGAAGAAAAAUAAUCCUGCAGAAUGCGUGAGAGUUUUUCCCACAAGGGCUCAGGAACAUUCUAAAACAAAACAAACAAAAAAAGAACAGAAAUGGCAUUUAACCGGGGAAGAUCAAAGGCUCAGCUCAAUGGAAACACAGAAUAACAGGAGUUGGGAGGGACCUUAGAGGUCUUCUAGUCCAGCCCACAGCUUCUCCAUUGUUCCUUUCAGUCCCGCUCACCCUGGUGCAGCAGCCACGAGAACGAAACCUGCGCCCUCAGAAAGUUGGAUCGCUAAGGAGGGCCUGAAGCCAUCCCACUUGGGCCUGUAAGGCACACGAGGAGGGGAGGCCACCCGGCGAAGCUCAAGUCGGAGAGAUAACCUUUUAAAUUCCCAGCGCUGGCAGAAACCCCCAAUUUAAACCCCCCUCCCCAUAGCCAGCCUCGUUUCCCUUCCCAACAACGCAGGUUUUUAAGAGGACGAAGCGUACAGGUAGCUGUUAGGCACUAAAAUGGAUCGAUUGAACCUCCCUGCCUAGGAGCAGUCUACCUUAAACCCGAGAGACAAGCGGGGGGGGGGCUCCUCCAAGCAUUUCCUUUACAAUUCGGAAUGUCAAAAAUCAGUUUCUUCCAAAGUAGGUUGAGCCUGCUCUCCGUUUGAGGCUGCUUCAAAUAUCCAGUUUUAAAAAAAGAAAAAAGAAAGAAAGAAAGAAUGAAUAAAUAAGAAUUUCUAUAUCGGAUCCAUGAACUGGAAAAGGAGGUUCUGCGAAGGCAGGAGGAGGCCGAACAGCCGACCGUCUGAUUGUCCCCGGGAUCAAGCCGACAUUUGAAUUAAACUAGCAUGGCAAACCUAGAUGCGUGACAUGUCCGUAGGAGCAGGGAGGGAGGGAGGGAAGGAGAACAAGUCGACGAAGGAUCGAGGCAGUCCUUGUUUAGCGACCAAAAUGGGACCGGCGAUUUUUUAAUAAGCAAAGCGGCCACUCUGUUGAAGUUAUUGUAUUAAUUCAUGUAUUUAUUGCAUUUAUAUGGCACUCAUCACACGAUCCAGAGUGACUUUCUCUCUCUCUCUCUCUCUCUCUCUCUCUUUUUUUUUCUUUCUCUCUUUCUCUUUUUCUCUUUCUCUCCCUCCCUCCCUUUCUCCCUUUGUCUCUUUCCCUCUCUCUUUCUCUUUCUUUCUUUCUCUCUUCCUCUUUCUCUCUCUCUCUUUUUCUCUUUCUCACUUUCUUUCUCUUUUUCUUUCUAUCCCUCCCUGUUUCUCUUUCCCUCUGUCUCUUUCCCUCUCUCUUUCUCUCUCUUUCUCUGUAUCUAUCAUCUAUCUAUCUAUCUAUCUAUCUAUCUAUCUAUCUAUCUAUCUAUCUAUCAUCUAUCUAUCUAAAAAAAAAGCAACUGAGUGGAUGCCCUUCCUGUCGCCAAUGCGGAGUUUUGUUCAGCAAAUAUACUCUCAUUGUGCCCAGAGAGAGAAAUAUCUGCCUCUACCAAGAAUUGAACUCACAGCCUCCUGAUUGUGAGGUGAAAGCUCCACCUCUAGGCCAUUGCACCUCUCCCUCUCCCUCUCCCUCUCUCCCUCCCUCUCUCUCUCCCUCCCUCCCUCUCUUUCUCUAUAUCAUCUAUCUAUCUAUCUAUCUAUCUAUCUAUCUAUCUAUCUAUCUAUCUAUCUAUCAUCUCUCUCUCUCUCUCACACACACACACACACACACACACACACACACACUCGCUGUCUUUCUCUCUCCCUCCCUCCCUCUCUGUCUCUCUCUCUGUCUCUCUCUCUCUCUCUCUCUCUCUCUCUCUCUCUCUCAUCUCUAUAUAUAAAAUUUCACAUCUUUGCAGCUUUCCUUUACUUGUCAGAUCUAGGAAAGUUGUAAAGGGCAAUGACAGGUGGCAAAGAGACUAUUUUCAUCGACGUCGUGACGGCAAGGCGGUCGCUAAACAAGGACUGCCUGUGGGUGCCGUUUCCUCUCUGCUAGCUGAAGUAAGGUUCGCCCACUCUUUCAGAGUUGGGGUCUUUUUGAUACCAUGGAUUUAGGUUGGCUUUGCCAAGUUUUGACAAUGUAAGGUUGUUGGUAUAUAUAUACAGGUAGUCCUUGACUUAUGACCAUAAUUUCCUGUUGUUAAGCAAAUCUGGCUUCCUCCUCGACAUUGCUUGCCAGAAGGUCUCAAAAAAGGGAUUGUGUGACAUACACACACCCCAGGACAGUGCAACCGUCAUAAAUGCAAGUCGGUUGCCAAGCGCCUGAAUUUCGAACCCGUGACCAAUCCCGGGGGUCAUAAGUGUGAAAAAAAAUGCUCCUAAGGUUUUUUUUCAGUGCCGUUGUCCCUUCGAACAGUCACUAAACGAGCCGUUGUAAGUCAAGGACUACCUGUAAGGAGCCACAAGUUCUCUAAAUAAGGGCUAAGCAGGACUCAAUCCUUUUCCCCUUGUGCCGGACCUCAAGAACGGAGACACAAAAGUGUGGGUUUUGCAACUGUGUGCAAAACAACACUUCCGGUGAGAAACCGAGCUGCUGCGUUCACACGACGGUCCAGUUUUUUCUUUCCUCGCUUAGCGUCGAACCCCGACUGUCUCUCCGGACACGAAUGGCCGUUGAAUCUCCCGCGUGAAGCCGGCGAAUGGAUCUAAUUGGUCUCCACCCCAAAUGUGUGAAUUGAUACAAAAGCAAGUCGGGCCCCACCGACACCAAGACUUUGUUCCCAGCCCUUGGGAUCUGGCCAAUACCGGAUCCCUGGAUCCCGUUCAAAACAGCUGGUGGAUCCCCCACGAAGGAUGCCUCUGAAGGAGACCUCCUCCUCCUCCUUUGGCUCUGGGAGGGGGUGGGUGGGAAAGAAAAAAUAAAUAAAUCAGAAUUUGCUCUGGAUUUUGGCCGAUCUGUUUUUCGGCCUUGCCUUGAUCGUUUCCCGUCUCGUCCGGCGAGCGUGGAAAAGUGGAUUUUGAUCUGGGAGAAAGAGAAAUCACUUCCGUGGCUUUGGGGAGGGGAGAUCUGCUGCUGUUGAAUGGGGUAGGGGGGGUCCUGCAUCUUCGUGGUGCGAAAUAAUACAGAUAAUCCUCCCCUUACGACUGUAACCGAGCCCGAAAUUUAUGCUGCUCAGCGAGACGUUUCUUAAGCGAGUUUCGCCCCACCCUUGUGCGACCUUCCUCGCCGUGGUUGUUAAGCGAAACCCCAACAGUUUUUAAAUCAGGAACACGGUUGUUAAGCGAAUUUGCCUUCCCCGUGGACUUGGCUGGUCGCAUCAGAGGAUCACAGGACAUGCCACCGUUCGUAAGGGCGAGUCGCUCGCUAAGCACUCGAAUGUAAACCCCCUGCAACGGUGGCUAAGUGUGAAAAAUGGUCAUAAGUGUGAAGAACGGUCAUCGAUGCCGUCGUAACCUUCGAACGGUCGCUUAAGUGAAGCGUAAGGGGAGGAUUACCUCUGAAUUUUAAUUCGUUUGCACGGCUCGGAGGACGAGAGGAAUGCUCGCUAGACGAGUAAAAAAGGAAAGAGAUAAUUCGGGUCCCUCCUUCUAUUUUUGGAAAUUUUGGGGGCACCGUUUCAAAUCUCGGUGACCGAACCAUGGGGGGGGGGAAAUCAAAGUGGGAAGCCCACCCACCAUUGUCAAAAUAAAAGGAUUUCAAAUCCC